AUGGAAAUAUCACACAAUAUCACAGAAUUUUUCAUGCUGGGACUGUCACAGAACCCAGGAAUACAGAGAGUUCUUUUUGUUGUCUUCUUGAUCAUUUAUGUGGCCACAGUCGGUGGCAACAUGCUCAUUGUGGUCACCAUCACCUCCAGUCCCACCCUGAACUCCCCCAUGUAUUUUUUCUUGGCCAACCUGUCCUUUCUAGACACCUGCUAUUCUUCUUCGAUGGCCCCUAAACUCAUUGCUGACUCCUUGUAUGAGGGGAGAACCAUCUCUUAUGAGGGUUGCAUGGCUCAGCUCUUUGGAGCCCAUUUUUUGGGAGGCGCUGAGAUCAUUCUGCUCACGGUGAUGGCCUAUGAUCGUUACGUGGCCAUCUGCAAGCCCCUGCACUACCCAGUUAUCAUGACCAGGCAUCUCUGUGCCCUGCUGGUGGAAGUGUCCUGGCUUGGGGGCUUCUUGCAUUCAUUGGUUCAGCUCCUCCUGGUCCUUCAGUUGCCCUUCUGUGGGCCCAACAUAAUAAAUCACUUUGUCUGUGACUUGUACCCCUUGCUGGAACUCGCCUGCACCAACACAUACAUCACCAGUCUGCUGGUGGUUGCCAACAGUGGUGCGAUCUGCCUGUUGAACUUUCUCAUGCUGGCCACCUCCUAUAUUGUCAUCUUGCGCUCCUUGAGGUCCCACAGUGCAGAGGGGAGACGCAAGGCCCUCUCCACCUGUGGGGCCCACUUUACUGUUGUUGCCCUGUUCUUUGUGCCCUGUGUGUUUACGUAUGUGCGCCCGUCGUUUACUUUACCAAUAGACAAGAGCAUGGCGGUAUUUUACGGUAUUCUGACACCCAUGUUGAAUCCACUCAUUUAUACCCUGAGAAAUUACGAGGUAAAAAGUGCCAUGAAGAAGCUUUUCACAUAG